CAUUUCCUUCUGGGCGAUCCCAAAACCCUAACCAAAACCCUUGGAAGCUCAGUGAAGCAGCAACAAUGGGGAAAGCGAAAGCCAAGGGGAAGCACCGUUUGGAUCAGUAUUACCACUUAGCAAAAGACCACGGUUACCGUUCCCGUGCUUCAUGGAAGUUGAUCCAACUCAACUCCAAGUACAACUUCCUCGAAUCUGCCUCCGCCGUCCUCGACCUCUGCGCCGCCCCCGGAGGAUGGAUGCAGGUCGCCGUCAAGCACGUCCCCGUUGGCCACCUCGUCAUCGGCGUCGACCUUGCGCCAAUCGCCCCCAUCCGUGGCGCCAUCGCCAUCCAGGAGGAUAUCACCAGGCCCGAGUGUAAGAGCCGCGUCAAGAAGCUCAUGACCGACUACGGUUGCACCGCAUUCGACGUCAUACUCCACGACGGUUCUCCAAAUAUCGGAGGCGCUUGGGCGCAGGAAGCCAUGUCCCAGAAUGCCCUUGUCAUCGAUGCCGUUAAGCUCGCAACUCAGUUCUUGGCACCCAAGGGCACUUUCGUCACCAAGGUUUUUAGGUCUCAGGAUUAUAGUUCGGUGCUAUUUUGCUUGAAGCAGUUGUUUGAGAAGGUUCAGGUGGAAAAGCCACCUGCUAGUCGUUCCGAGUCUGCUGAGAUUUUUGUUUUGGGGUUGAAGUACAAGGCACCUGCUAAGAUUGAUCCACGGCUUCUCGAUGUGAAGCAUCUCUUUCAGGGGUCCGUUGAACCACAGGCUAAGGUGGUGGAUGUACUUAGAGAAAAUAAGCAAAAGAGGCAUCGUGAUGGUUAUGAAGAUGGACUCUCAACUUUAAGGAAGGAGUCAUCAGCUGCUAAAUUCAUUUGGUCGGAUUCUCCUCUCGAUAUUCUUGGUUCAGUCACUUGCAUAACCUUUACCGAUCCAGCUGAUAAACCAAUCAUGGAUCAUGAAUUAACAACUGAAGAGGUGAAAUCUCUGUGCGAUGAUUUGAGGGUUUUGGGGAAGCAAGACUUCAAGCAUCUUCUAAAGUGGCGAAUUCACAUUAGAAAAGCUCUUGCACCCACUGAAAAGCCUGAUCCCACUACCAAAGCAGAAGCCAAGAAUGUUCCUGAGGUGGAUGAAGAUGAUAGAAUACUCAAUGAAAUGGAGGAGCUGACUUAUACAAUGGAUCGCAAAAAGAAACGUGAAAAGAAGCUCCUUUCAAAAAGAAGAGCCAAGGACAAGGCACGAAAGGCAACAGGGAUGCAAAUGGAUGCAAUAGAAGAUGGUUAUGUUGAUCAAGAGUUGUUUUCUCUUUCAUCUAUGAAGGGUAAGAAGGAUCUUGUAGCUGUUGAUACCACUGAAUAUGAAGGGGCUGAGGAUGAAGCAGAAGACAGUGAAGAUGAAGCAACUCAUGGAGGUGCGGAGCAUUCUUCUGGCGACACAGAAGAUUCUGAUGAAGAACGUAAAAGAUAUGAUGAACAAAUGGAUGAUCUACUUGAACAAGCUUACGAGCGGUUUGUGGUAAAAAAGGGAGGGAGCACAAAGCAGUGGAAGCGUAGUAAGAAAUCUGCCGAUGUAGAGUCCCAACUUCUGGAGGAUGGUGAGGAUGAUGAUAUUGUUCAGUCCAAAUAUGAUUCCGAUGAAGAUCAGGGUGAUCAAGAAGCAAAUCCUUUGGUGGUUCCACUCAAUGAUGGGGCAGAGCCCACCCAAGAGGAAAUAAAAAAUAAAUGGUUUAGUCAGGACUUAUUUGCUGAAGCUGUAGAGGAGGGGGACUUCGGUAAAAAUGAUAGUGAAGAUGAAAUGGAUAUAGAUGGGCCUAAAGAGAGUGUGCCCUUAACAAAAAAAAAUAAAGAAAACAAAACAAAGGCUUCUGUGACCAAAGAUCCCCCACAAUCCCAACCAUCCAAGAAAAAGGAGGAUUUUGAGAUAGUUCCCGCACCAGCUACUGAUUCAAGUGAUGAUUCAUCUUCUGAUGAAUCAGAGGAAGAUGUUGAAACCAAAGCUGAGAUAUUGGCUUAUGCUAAGAAGAUGCUUAGGAAAAAGAAGCGGGAGGAAAUACUGGAUGAUGCAUAUAAUAAGUAUAUGUUUGAUGAUGAGGGAUUGCCUAAGUGGUUUCUAGAUGAGGAAAGGAGACACCGGCAACCAAUAAAGCCUAUCACCAAAGAGGAAAUUGCUGCAAUGAGAGCACAGUUUAAAGAAAUUGAUGCUCGGCCUGCAAAGAAGGUUGCGGAGGCCAAAGCUCGAAAGAAACGUGUUGCAAUGAGGAAGCUCGAGAAGGUACGGAAGAAGGCCAAUGCAAUAUCGGACCAGACAGAGAUAUCUGAUCGUUCAAAGAUGAAACAAAUCGAUAAACUAUAUAAGAAGGCUGUUCCGAAGAGACCUCAAAAAGAGUAUGUAGUUGCAAAGAAAGGUGUUCAAGUUAAGACUGGGAAAGGAAAAGUCCUUGUUGAUCGGAGAAUGAAGAAGGAUGCUAGGAAACGUGGAAUGGGAAAGGGAGGAAAAGGGGGUUCCAAGACGAAGGGCAAGGCUCCAAAGGGUAAGGGAUCUGCAAAGGCCCCUGCCAAGAAGGGAAGAAAGGGGAAUAAAUGAAAAAUUGGUUGAAAUGCAAUUUCUUGACUCGUGUCUCAGUUUUGUUACGAUCUUCACAUUGUUUGUCUUUUAGUUGCUGUUGUGGAAUGUGCAAUAGGUAUUAAUGUUUAUCGAGUAGAACAUUUUUUCUUUCCUGCC